GAUACAUCAAAGUUAGGUGAAUGACCAAAUCCAACAUUGCUAGAUGAAGAACUAGUUCCAACAACGCCAGAUGAAGAACCAGAUCCUACAAUGCUAGAUAAAGAAACAGAUCUAUCGAAUUGAACAACCUCACCAUAAUUUACAUAACUCAUUUCACCGGAAUCCUGCAAAAACACCAAAACACAAAGAACAUGAACAUAAACCAAACAUUAAAAAUCAUGAACAAGCUCGAUUAGCUAAACAAAAACACAAAGAAACUCACACACAGAAGAAUCUAGAAAACCUACAAAUAAACACAAAAUCUCAAUGUAACUAGCAAUUAUCGCAACGAAAACCUACAACGAAACCAAAGAUCGACAGAAUGCUCAACGAAACCAAAGAUUGACAGAAGGCUCAACGAAUCACGCCAGGUUAAAAAUUAAUGACAGAACAGGAAGAAUCAGGAAAACUAAUAUCUAACCGGAGAUAAACUCGUCGUCGAUUUAGGUGAUCCACCUAAGUUCUCGCCGUCGAACAAUUAUGGAGAGAAAAAUUCUCCAUAGCUAGGUCCCGUGUUUCUAAGCUGCUGCUUGCACUUUCUCUCUCCAAAAACACAAUCCCAACUCGCACAAAAGAUUCGCAACGGAUAAAGAAGGAGAGUAAUUAAUUCAAAUAAACGGACAAAAUGUCCCUGACCAUCCCGCAUCAAUCGCAGCCACACGAUUAGUCCGCCCAGAUCAACGAGUGAUAAGUGGUUACUGACGGUGAGUAACAAACGGUUACUCGCCCUAUCCUAAUCCGUCGAACAAUCAUGGAGAGAAAGUCCCUAAUCCAAACCAUCCGGCCAUGGGCUCAUGUCCCACUAUAAAAAGUCCCUAAUCCAAACCACCUAUGUUUCCAAACCUAAAUUGACACUUUGAAAGUUGCACGUUAUAUCACUCGUAUCUUAAAAAAAAAAAUUGCACGCUAUCUCUCCCACACGGGAUGGGAUUAGGUGCUAACCCUUAUAGGGGUUAGCACCGUGAUAACUAGCAAAAAUCACUACGGAUUAUUAUAAAAUCAAUACAACAUCUAAGUUAAAUCACUACUAAUUCAAACUAGUAGUAGUUUUUCCCUUGGUUAGGACGGUGCUAACUAUUGUACAAUUAGCACCGUAACCCCUCCCCUCCCACACUUGGGCUUGGCCUUGUUGUUCAAGUUAUUAAAUUAAUUUUCAUGUGACAAAUAAUUAUUUAAAAAAAGAACUAUACGCGUUGGCUUCCCAAUUUAAAUACCCGACUCCCUCACAACUUCACAAGUCAACCCUAAAACGAAAACCCAAUGAAGUCAACUAUGAUAUCGAGGAGUUUGACGAACCUAUUUCUCAUCGCCAUCGCCGUCGCCGUCGCCUUACCAGUCAUUCUCCUUUACGCCGCCAACAACCGCCACGCCCACACGGAGCCGCCCAUCUCCAACUCCACGUCGACGGCCACUGAUCAUCCGCAAGAAGGAACUUCCUGCACCAGGUCGGGGUGGAAAUUAUUAAACGGCUGCGAGGGUUAUCUCAAGGGAUUAGAUACCGAUCCGGGCGAAUAUUGCUGCCCGGCGAUGAGGUCGGUAGCGAGAAACCGGCCGGAUUGUGUGUGUGAGAUCUACUACGUCGCCACGCUUGUCGUGAACCCUAAUAUCGAUCCCCUCAAGCCGCUUGCCGUAAUUGAUUAUUGCAACAUCGCUCGCUAUCCUCGCAUGCCCGAUUGCAAAGCCCUCAUUCUUGGUGAAGAUUAUUCUGCUACAUCACCGUCAUCAUCGUCACCGUGGACCUAUCGAGCUUGGGUUUGUGUCCUGCUUUAUGUAUCACUAGUCUUCUUCAGCUCGGUCAUCGUUUUAUGGAUUCGGUGAUUGGGCUUUUGGAUUUUGGCAAUACUCGAUGAUUCUCUCUAUCUCGAUCUCUCCCAUGUAUUUGUUGAUUUGUUCUUCUAUUUGGAUUUGAGUAUAAAAUCCAACCAGUAGAGGUUAUUACUGGUUGUUGCAUAACACUUAAUCAUGUUCCGGCCUUGUUAUUCUACGAUAAUGGACACCCAUAAUGAUCGUAUCCAUUUUCAUAACUCGCCUCAUAAUCGUCAUUUUGAGCUAACGAUUCAUGUAAAAACGAUGUAAAUCGCCUCUUAUGGUAUGAUGGAUUAGAGUUUAGAGUUUAGGAUUUAGAGAUUUAGGGGUCGUUUGGAGAACAGGAUUUAGGCCGUGGAUUUACUGAAUCCAUAGAUUUUGUAGAAUGUUAUGUUUUUUUUGUUUCUUUUUGUAUGAUGAAUUUUAGCAUUAGAUAUUUCAAAUCUCUAAAAUCUGUGGAUAUCAUAUCUCUCAUAAUCAAAGAGAUUCUAUAUCUUGAUUCGUGAGAUUUUUUUUCUCCUAGUUUAUCUCUUCCUUUUAUUUAUUUAUCACAUUAAAUAUAUUUAUCAACAAAGUUUUCAAUAUUUCUCAAACCACUCUAAUUUUUUGUUAUGGAUAAAUAUUAUAUUUAAUAUAAAGUUAUAAUUUUU